UUUGCAGCAGGGCUGAGGGAGACGGAGAGAGAAGGUACGCGGGGAGGCUGCAUCAUGGCGGACAGAGACAGUGGAAGUGAGCACGGUGGAUUCGCCACAGGCCCCGGCCCGAUGCACCCGGGCGCCGCAUCGCGGCUCCAGCACGACACGGAGGAGCUCGCCUCGAAGCGGGUGGACAUUCAGAACAAACGCUUCUAUCUGGACGUGAAGCAGAACGCCAAAGGCCGCUUUCUGAAGAUAGCAGAGGUCGGGGCCGGGGGAAACAAGAGCCGCCUGACUCUCUCCAUGUCCGUCGCCGUGGAGUUCCGCGACUACCUAGGAGACUUCAUCGAGCACUACGCCCAGCUGGGCCCCAGCAACCCUGACAUGGUGCAGGACGAGCCCAGGAGGGCGCUUAAGAGCGAGUUCCUAGUGCGGGAGAAUCGGAAGUACUACAUGGAUCUGAAGGAGAACCAGAGGGGGCGGUUUCUCCGGAUCCGGCAGACCGUCAAUCGCGGGCCCGGCCUGGGAACCUCGCAAGGCCAGACCAUCGCGCUUCCUGCACAGGGGCUCAUCGAGUUCCGCGACGCGCUCGCCAAACUCAUCGACGACUUCGGCGUGGACGAGGACCCCGCGGAGCUGCCGGAGGGCACGUCGUUGACGGUGGACAACAAGCGCUUCUUCUUCGACGUGGGCUCCAACAAGUACGGCGUCUUCAUGCGGGUCAGCGAGGUGAAGCCCACCUACCGCAACUCCAUCACGGUACCCUGCAAAGUGUGGUCCAAAUUCGGCGCGACCUUCUGCAAGUACGCGGACGAGAUGAAGAAGAUCCAGGAGCGGAGCCGGGAGCGGAGGGCCCGCGAGAUGCUACCUGAGGCCCUGCACGGGGACGACGGGGACGAGGACUAAUGCAUACAUGUGUGCACAGCACGAAUGACAUGAUAAUCAGACGUUACUGUAAAGUGGGAUCGAUCUACACACACACAACCCUCACAGACUCAAACAGUUGCAUCUCUUCACUCAUCGCCGGAAGUUACCCACUUACCCACCAUUUAACAGUAAGACGCUGCUAUCGACAACAUGAUGUAUGAACCGUGUCCAGGAUGGUGCAGGAGUGUGUAUAUCCCUCUUUACCCACGUGUGUGACACAUCCAAGCUCUUAUGCACUGCAAAAAUCCACUUGUUUUCCAGUACAAAUAUCUACCGUCCUGAAUAUAGAGAGAGUACUUUUAUUGUUUUAACAAACAUUUUGCACAAUUUUAUUCAGACCACUCAUGACACACAGCAAAUAAUGUCAGUACUGGAAAUAAACAAACAUACCUAGUCAAUGGUAAAAUGACACUUUAUAUAAACAACAACAACAAAAAAAAACACAUGAGUGGGGUCAGUUGUAAUACACUUUAUAAUCACCUGUCAAUCAUGUUGCCAACUUGACAGCUGCCAUUUCAUGUGUAAAAAACUGAUGACCUGAUGUGUUUUGCAGAUUUUAAAAUGUACUUUCUUAAUUAAAAAAGUACAAAGUGAUGUGAAAAUGCUGCUGAUAUUCAGCAUGCACAUUGGGGUUUUUAACAAGAGCAUGCAAAUCGAGUGACGUCACUGUGGCUUUAUGCUUAUUCGAGUGACUGACCCCGCUCUAACUCGUCUUGUGAAGACAAUGCAUGUCAAGUAAAUUAUUUUAAGGAUGCCGUGUGUUUGACUGGAAAACAAGACGGACAUUUUUUGCAGCGUAAUACUAUUUCCAAAGGUGCAAAUUCGAAAAAGAGGAAGAAAUAUAUAAUUAGUGCUCACUUUUGACUUCCAGCACAAAAGCUAUUAUUUAGGAACCGUUUGAACCAAAGGUUCAACAUGCAAACAAACAUCAGAAGUGAAGGAACAGUGAUGCAGGAGUGCUGUGAAUAUUUAAACAUGCACUAUUGUUAGAUUAUCCAAUUUAUAUAAAUGGAUGUCACCCCUUCUGGUUCGACUCAAAGGUGCACUUAGUCAUUUUUUUCCAUUAUUUUUUUUUUUACGCUGGUUGCAUCAUGGUGGCCGCCAUGUUGGGAUCAUAUGACCAGCCAGAUUAUCAACUCACUUUCAUUUGCAGAAUAAAUCCAUCAUGGCAAAAGAUGCUUCACGUCUAACGUCAACCAAAAAUGACCGAGUGCACCUCGAAAUGCAUAUGAGGAAAUCUAGAUAUGUUGUUUACUCGUUUGCCUUUUAACUCUAUACACAAAGCAAAUGAGAUUGUUUGUUUGCACGCGUCAUGCAAUGUGUGCUUCGGUAGCCGCACAGCGAAGGCAUUGCUAAAACAACCGGUUGACGUUUGUUCCUGUUAAAUACGAACCCUGUUGCACCAUUGCCCACUGACAUUUGGGCAGACGGUUUCAUUGAAGUGCUAACUUAGAUAUACAAACUAUGAUUUUGUGAAUCAGAUGUACUUAGAUCCUUAUGAAAUUGCCCACGUUUUCUGUGGGAAUUUUUCUUUAUUUUGUUUUCGGGGACGGGGCGGGAGGGGGGCGGGUACUCAAAAAAGGAGCUGUCCACUAGUGCGAGUUGCGUUAAUACCUGCGCGGAGCAUCCUCUACAACGUCAAAAAACAACUCUGGUGCCUUAUAUUCUCCACACGUUUACAUGCUUUACGUGUCCGAUCAUUUUCUUUCCGAUCGCUGUUUGUCUUUCUUUGUCGUUCGGGGUCACAACGGCGUAGUUGCUGUACCACUCGUGGAGCUUCUUCGAUGACUUCUUCGACAAGCCAAUCAAAGAAAGGCGCCCGGGGCUCUAAGGUCCCUCCAUGUUGCUGGGACAAUGAUGUCGUAAUCAAACAGCGCUGACGUAAAACAUGGACGUGCUGCGUUCACGUCGUACCAGAAUUACUUGGGUUUUUUCAUGGCGGUGCUCAACGGCAAAGCCGAUGCAUGUGCGGUUUUGUUGUUGAUGCCAGCCUUUGUGAAUUUUUUCAAAUUCUGGCACGACAUGAAGCAGCAGUAGUCACCUACAGGCGGUGGAGGUCUGCUCCUCGUGCUCCGUGUAAAAAAAAAAAAAAUUAAUUAAUUAAAAAAGUAACACAGGUUUAAAAAAAAAGCUGCGUGUAAAAAAAAACGUUGUACGUAUGUUUCUCGCUACAGCCUAGCGUUAUGCUAAUGUAGGCCUAUAUUAGUAGACUUACGGCCGAGGCAGUAGCCUGUAUGAUUUUUUUGUAUGGUGCUAAUAUCCCCAUUAGUGGGAUUUUCUCUGCCGGUCUUAUCAGUUGCUGAAUUUGUUCGUUGUCAACCUCGUCACAUCGCACCUUGAGAUUUUACUUUUCUCACUAAAGUUACAGUGCUAACAUUUCAGUAUCGUGUGCAAUAUAUUGUAGGCUGCGUGCCAGUGGCGGCGUUGCCCAAAAUUCACUCCCGCCGCAGGUUCAUGCCGCCUUCGGACUCCCAAAGAUCAUAUAAAGGGUACUCUAUUCAAUGCCUGAUUGGAAAUCCUGCAAAAUUGCUAAACAAUUUUAUAGUAACUAUAAAAAUAUGACAGUUUUUGUUAAUCCAGAAUAUUAAAUUAACCUUAACAUACAACUUUGAGUAUCUAGAAGACAAUAAUGUGAUGUUUUUGAACAGGCAUUACUGAUGGCUACCUCUUGGGGUCCAAGGGGGAUUCGAUUCUGCGGGACGAUUGAAUCUUGCACGACGUCGGCAUUCUGUGUGUGUGGAUACUCGUCCCCUGCAAUGACAAAAAUACGCAUGAGGUUCGCUCUAAUUGAAAUAUUUCUUUGCGUAUUAAAUUAACCUUAAACGUUGAGGGUUUAUUCUAGUAACUUAACCGGUCACCACAAACAGGGAGCGACUAUAAGCACCUGCGUAUAUGGUGGCAAAUCUGCUCUCCGCUAAUCAGACGUGAUCCAGUGUGACCUAAAAAUAUAGUGAUGUAGUCACUUCAAAAGCUUCUCGGUGGUUGGAGUAGUUUAAUACUCGGUUGCUAAUAUAUAUGUUUUAUCUUUUUUUUUUAUUUUAGCCAACGUUAAAUGCACAAUGCUUCAGUCAGAGAUAUUCAUAACUAUUUAUUUGAUCAAAUAUGAAUGUUAAGAAAAAAAAACAUUUUUUUUUUCCUCAAACCCUCUCUCGAUAUAAGCCAGCUCACUAGUGUUGCAGUGAAAAGCCUGUUGCUGUCAGACCCCAAACAUCACGAAUACUCUGAUAUAUGGGGUUUUGUAAAAACAAGACCUUUAUAUGUACUAAAGCCACCAGCCUACAAACAGUUUGGGGGUUUCCAGCCACAGACCCCCAUACUGAAGGCCUGUUUUGUGCUAAGCACACAAGGAAGUCUAUAGGGGAUCAAGGCUGACAUUAUUCCUGCGGAGCGUUUGGUCUCUUGUUUACCACUGCACAAUAUGAAAGCAUACAUACGCACUUUUUGCCCUCGCAUCUGAAUCUGAAACGGCAUGCUUUUCUCGUAGGGGCUAUUUUAGGUCUAUUUGUACACUGUUAUAUUUCUUUUCCUCUUGAGACCGGUAAGCAAAUCUUUUUCCUAUCACUGCCCGGAUCCGAUUACGAAAACUGUUCGAUGCGUGCCACAGUACGAAAUCUAAACUGGAAGUUACAUUUAAGGGUGUUUUGUAGUGCAAAGCGAUGCAAAAGCGCACCCUCGAAGCCCUCGAAUACGCACAUGUUUUAAGUCAAUCGUGAAGGUGCUAUUGGGUACUAAACGGCUGUCCGGGUGGCAUCGUUCAGCCAAGUCUUUCUCGCUUAAUAGUGUUCGAGCUCUCCACCAGCAAAGACCAGUAUUGGUUUGAUGCACAACAGGCUGUGGGGACAAAAAAAUAAAAAUCAUUUGACGGUACUCCGACUAUUUUCUCCAAUUCCAGGUGCUGAUUCGAACAUCACCUGUCACCUGAGUAGAAGUGAACUAAUGGAGCUGCACAGACACCUUAAAGCCCUCGCGUAUCUGCAGUUUCCAAUACGAAGAGCGAAGCGCAACCUUUUAACUUGAUCUAUGUGUUAAUCUCAUGAAACGCGUGUGUGUGUGUGUGUGCGUGCGUGUGUGAUUAUCCGGUUCCCUUUCCCUGUUAAACCACGGCCAGUCACCAAGUUGGGUUAGUUCUCAUACUUCACGUUCCUUCGGUCUCACAAGCUCAAGGCUUUGACCUGCUUAGCAUGUAACUGUGAGCGUUUUGCGUAUUAAGCGGACUGUCUGGGAGGGGUCCUGCAUCGAGGGUCAAUGCACAAGGAGGGUAUUCACAUAUCCCACCAACCAUUUCCUUUUUAUUCCCUAUCAAAUGUGUUGUACUUAAAAAUAUAUAUAUGACCUGUGAUGUGUGUGUAUAUAUGGUUUGUUACAUAUGAUGCUCCUCUUUAUUAAAAAAGAUAGCAUAUAUAUAUAUAUAAAAAAAUAUAUAAAUAUGUAUAUGAUUCCUAUAUACGUGUUCCUGUGUGCACAGGAAAUGUAUAUAGGAAAAAGCAUAUUGCUGUUUUUUUUUUCCUUUGUAUUUUAUACUUACAGAAAGCAUUGAAUCAAAUGGAUAAAAUACUUGCACUUUAAAUAUAUAAAGAAGAUAAAAAAUCAGCAUAUUAUUUUUGAUAGGUGACCUCACAUUCAAAGAUUCUAUAAUUACUUUCCAGGCUUUGUGACAAUUGCUGUUUGGCAGAAAUCUAUGAAGUUCUUCUACAUAUUGAAGUCUAUUUUGUCUGUGUUACAGAAGGUUUACUAAAGUAAAUUGCAUGAUGACUAAGUAGUGCACCAACU